CUCUCCCUUCCCUUCUUUCACUGCUCCAUGUCUCCAACCAACAACACUGUUUCCACUCACCCUCUCCAGCUACAGAGUAAUCUCGAAGGAUUCACCGGUUUCACUGAAAAUGAGACCACCAUCCAGAAAAAGCAUCAUCCUUUGCAGGUUUCGAAGCGCUUAGAGAAGUUCCAAAAAUCCAGGAAAGUAUUUAACAACCUGAAAGAUGGAGUCAUAAACCUUGGACGAGGCUUUCCCAACUUUGAUGGUCCAGAGUUUAUAAAGGAAGCAGCAAUUCAAGCAAUAAAGGAUGGGAAAAAUCAGUAUGCACGAGGUUCUGGAGUUCCGGACUUGAACAUUGCUAUUGCUAAUAGAUUUAGAAUAGAUACUGGAUUAGUGAUAGACCCUGAUAAUGAAGUUACUGUCACAAAUGGGUGCUUAGAAGCAAUUGCUUCAACUGUGCUGGGAUUAAUAAAUCCCGGUGAUGAAGUUAUUCUGUUUUCUCCUUUAUAUGAUAGUUAUGAAGGUAAUUUAGCCAUGGCUGGUGCAAUAGUCAGCAUCCCUUUGCAACCUCCAGAUUUUGCUAUCCCUAUUGAAAAAUUGAAGUCCAUUGUGUCAAGGAGUACACGUGCCAUUGUUAUAAAUACUCCUCACAACCCUACGGGUAAGAUGUUCUCUCUGGAGGAGCUGAAUGCCAUUGCAUCCCUUUGCAUCGAGAAUGAUGUUCUAGUUUUUGCUGAUGAAGUUUAUCAUAAGUUGGCAUUUGAUAUGGAGCACAUUUCAAUAGCUUCUUUGCCUGGAAUGUUUGAAAGGACCGUGACAAUGAACUCAUUGGCAAAGACAUUUAGCAUAACAGGAUGGAAGAUUGGUUGGGCCAUAGCACCCGCACACCUGACAUGGGGACUGCGACAGGCACAUUCUUUCAUCACUUUCUCAAUCGCCACUCCUUUGCAGUGUGCAGCUGCAAUAGCUCUCAGGGCACCGGAGUCUUUCUAUGUGGAGCUGAAGAAGGAUUAUAUGGCAAAGAGGGCUAUUUUGGUGGAAGGAUUAAAGGCCGUUGGGUUUAAGGUAUUCCCACCAGAUGGAACAUUCUUUGUUUUAGCAGAUCAUACCCCUUUUGGAUUCGAAAAUGAUGUUGCAUUUUGUGAAUAUCUGCUUAAGGAGGUGGGGGUGCUGGCAAUUCCUUGCAGUGUGUUUUGCUUGAACCCAGAAGAGGGAAAGAACCUAGUCAGAUUUGUUUUCUGCAAGGAUGAUGAAACUCUUAGGGUCGCGGUUCAGAGGAUGAAGGAGAAGCUAAGAAAAUGAUUUCAAAUGCUUGAUCAAGAUGUUCUACUUUUUCUAGCCAUUACCAACUUCUUGAUUGCACGUUCUUCUUCUCAAGAUUCCUGUGAUGGAAAAUAUGCUGUUGUUUUUUAAUUUCCAAAAAAAUAAUUCUUGAUUGUACUCCUAAUGUCCUUAGUCUCCUUACUAGUUUGAAUCUCAAUAUUUGGUGUCAUAUUACCUGGUUUGUAAAACUUUCCAUUGUCUCAAAUUGAUGUACUGAAAGUAAUUUAGAAACAAUAAAAUAUGCAUUCCUCUAAUC